GGGGGAUUUAUGGCGGUUCGGAACAGUACGCUGCACGCUUCAAUCUCGAUUCAAAUUUCCCUCUCAAAUUUUCAAUUUUCGAUUCAAAUUACUACCUUUUUUGGUUACAAAAAAAUUCAACCUUGAUCGUCUACUAUAAAAUGCGAGUCGAAAAUGCAGAAUAAUCCACCAUCGACAACCACCACCAACCAUUCUUCCACUUUUCUACUUCACUCCCCAAUCCCAAUUCCAAUCCCAAUCAUGCCUCAUCUCCCCGGCCCCUAUCGCCGCCCCGGCGAAGUGCACGUCAUCGUCGGACCCAUGUUCGCCGGCAAAUCCACCGCCCUCCUCCGCCGCGUCACCGCCGAAUCUGAUUCCGGCAGGGCUGUGGCGAUGAUCAAGUCGAGUAAGGAUACUCGAUACGCGGUGGAUGCAGUCGUGACGCACGAUGGUACCAAGUUCCCUUGUUGGCCGCUGCCAGAUCUACUGUCGUUUAAGCGCGAAAUUGGCGCUGAAGCAUAUCAAAAAUUGGAUGUGAUUGGCAUUGAUGAAGCUCAAUUUUUUGGUGACCUCUAUGAUUUCUGCUGUGAGGCAGCUGAUCUUGAUGGGAAAACUGUAGUAGUUGCUGGCCUUGAUGGUGAUUACUUGAGGAGGAGUUUUGGGUCAGUGCUAGAUAUCAUUCCACUUGCUGAUACUGUCACGAAGCUCACUGCACGAUGCGAGCUCUGUGGCAAACGCGCUUUCUUCACUCUGAGGAAGACGGGCGAGCUGCAAACUGAGCUCAUUGGUGGUGCUGAUGUCUACAUGCCCGUCUGUCGCCUGCACUAUGGCAAUGAGCAACGCGGCGUUUCCAUGGAAGCUGCUGUGGUUAAGGAUAAAGAAGACUUGAUUGUUGAAACAACUGCAGCUGUGUAGAGAAGGUGUUGGCUUGUGUUGUUUAAGAUCUAUCCCUUUAUGAUAUUUUUAUUCAUGUACAAUUUUAGUAGCUUAAAUUCGUAAGAUUAGAAAUGUAAAAAUGAUAUUCAUAUGAUCGUUUACUUUUUUUUACUAGGCCUCAAUGAGAAACUUGUGAUCCCAUUUGUGUUGGAA